GCUACAUCCCAGACUUCACCGUGGAGAGACAGAAGCAUCAUUUUAGCUCGGAAAUUAAAAUCUAUUCUCUUUCAGAAACAAGUACGGAGGCGACGAAGACGCUUGAAUCAUGUGUGGGAUCUUUGCUUACCUGAACUACCAAGUGCCACGCACACGAAAGGAGAUAUUUGAGACGCUGGUGAAGGGCCUGCAAAGGCUGGAGUACAGAGGGUACGAUUCAGCAGGUAUUGCCGUGGAUGGCCCUAACAAGAUAGCCACUGACCUCAACAACAGUAUCUGCUUGAUCAAGAAGAAGGGCAAGGUCAAGGCUCUGGACGAGGAGAUCUACCAAAAAGACCUGGUGGACCUCGAUGAGGCUCUGGUUACACACUUUGGCCUGGCUCACACUCGCUGGGCUACGCAUGGAGAACCGAAUGCUCUCAACAGCCACCCCCAGCGCUCCGACAAGAACAAUGAGUUUGUUGUCAUCCACAACGGCAUCAUAACCAACUACAAAGAGCUGAAGGAGUACCUGAUCACCAGAGGAUACGAGUUUGAGUCAGACACAGACACAGAGGUGAUCCCAAAACUGAUCAAAUACCUUUAUGACAAUCGAGAAAACAGCAGUGUCACGUUCUCCAAACUGGUGGAGAGAGUCAUCCAACAACUGGAGGGAGCCUUCGCUCUGGUUUUCAAAAGCCGUCAUUACCCUGGAGAGGCUGUGGCAACCAGGAGAGGAAGCCCGCUGCUCAUAGGUGUGCGAAGCAAGCACAAGCUGCCAUCCGAGCACAUCUCAGUCCAGUACAACAGUGGUGACAGUUCAGCAAAAAUGAUUUCUGAAGGUCACCACAAGGAGGAAGUCCCCGACAAGAACAGCCAUAAUCGCACUGAUUCCUCCAAUGCCAUAAACUCAAAUGGAGAUUGUGUGGCUGUGGAGUAUUUCUUCGCUUCUGACGCAAGUGCCAUCAUUGAGCACACCAACAAGGUGCUGUACAUGGAGGAUAGUGACAUUGCCGUUGUCAAAGGAGGUGAACUCUCAAUCCACAGAAUUAACCGGCAGGCCGGUGAGGAUCCAGUGAGAGCAAUACAGACACUGCAGAUGGAGCUGCAGCAGAUCAUGAAAGGAAACUUUGACGCCUUUAUGCAGAAGGAGAUCUUUGAGCAGCCGGAAUCAAUAUUUAACACCAUGAGAGGCCGGAUUUGUUUUGACACUAAUAAAGUUAUUCUUGGAGGCCUGAAGGACCACCUGAAGGAGAUCAAACGCUGCAGGCGGUUAAUCAUGAUAGGCUGCGGCACUAGUUUCCACGCUGCAGUUGCUACCAGACAGAUCCUGGAGGAGCUGACAGAACUGCCUGUCAUGGUGGAGCUGGCCAGCGACUUCCUGGACCGCAACACCCCUGUCUUUAGAGAUGAUGUUUGUUUCUUCAUCAGCCAGUCAGGGGAGACCGCAGACACCCAGAUGUCCCUGCAAUACUGCAAGGACCGUGGGGCCCUAACAGUGGGUAUCACCAACACUGUGGGGAGCUCCAUUUGCAGAAUGACUGACUGUGGAGUCCAUAUCAACGCUGGACCAGAGAUAGGAGUGGCUAGCACCAAGGCCUACACCAGUCAGUUUGUGUCCCUCAUCAUGUUUGGCCUGAUGGUGAGUGAGGACAGACUCUCACUACAGAAGAGAAGACUGGAGAUCAUUAACGCCCUUAAGGUGCUACCAGAGCUGAUAAAAAAGGUGUUGUCACUGGAUGAGAAGAUUAAGAUCAUCGCUAAUGAACUGUAUCAGCAAAGGUCACUUUUGGUUAUGGGCCGAGGGUACAACUAUGCCACUUGCCUUGAGGGGGCGCUGAAAAUUAAGGAGAUCACAUACAUGCACUCAGAGGGGAUCCUAGCUGGAGAACUGAAGCAUGGUCCCCUGGCACUCAUCGACAAACACAUGCCAGUCAUCAUGAUCAUCAUGCGUGACGGCUGCUACACAAAGUGUCAGAAUGCUUUGCAGCAGAUCACUGCCAGAUCGGGCCGACCCAUUAUUCUGUGUUGUCAGGAUGAUUCAGAGGUGACAAAAAAUGCAUACAAGACCAUCGAACUGCCACAAACUGUGGAUUGUCUGCAGGGCAUCCUCAGUGUCAUCCCCCUACAGCUGCUGUCCUUCCACUUAGCUGUCCUGCGAGGAUAUGAUGUUGACUUUCCCAGAAACUUGGCCAAGUCUGUGACUGUGGAAUAAUUACAGUUUACAAAGCCCAGCAGAUGAGACGAAAUGUCUUUGGGUGUUUUACAGAGCAAUAGUGCAAUUAAACAUUGGGUGUGGGUGGAAGGGUUGGGGUGAAGUAUGGGGACCAGGGUGUUUGUGUCUGUGAGUGUGUGUAUGAUACUGUGAGUUAAAGAGAAAGCUGCAGAGCAAAGAAGAGUUCAAAGGGUAAAAUAUGAAAAAAAAAAACGUAAAUGUGAAAUCUUACCACAGCUUUGUGGAACAAUCUAUAUAACAUUCUCAAAGUCAUUCACAGCCAAAGAAACCUUCUGUGCCUCUUUUGUUAUUAGUUGAGCCAAAAACAUGUCACAUAAAUAACAGUAAAGAGCUGAAAUGGUACACUGAAGUGUUUACAAUUGUGCAAUAUGGACAACAAACAUGGAUUCUAAAUGUACAUUAUGACUGGUCGUUAAUUCUCCUCAUGUCUUUUAGGGCCAUUAUAUCCAUUCAUUGUAAAAUUCAAAAAUAGAGUUAUAAUAGUGUAAUUUUCUAAAUUGUUUAUAAAUUUGUGGAAUUACUGGGCCUGAAGAACCGGUAAACUAUAAUCUUAUUUUAUUUUUAUAUAAUAAAAAUUAUUUAAUUUAAAUGUUUUGUUCUGAGAACAGUUCAAAGGUGUUCCACCAGGCCUUUUUUAGGUUUGUGGACUUCUUGUUGUCAUAGGGAAUGCUCUAUGAGACAAAAAGCACUCAUGCCGUGAAACUAAUUAAAAAUAAUUGUAUUAUUUUUGACAACUAUUCAAAUUGGUCUUAUGACAAUAAUGUUCUGUAUAUAACAGAUUAUUUUCUUUUGAUUUUAAAGGGGGCUAAACAGAUUACUUGAUUGAAUCUUUAUGAUUGUAUUUUCUAUUGUAUGUUUUGUAACACUAAAAAAGCACUACCAAUCAAUAAAUUAAUGAAGUAUUGUUUUUAAACUG